AUGAAGGAAUCUGGUGGGUUUCAGUAUAUUGAUCGUGAUCGGUUACUUUUGGCUGUUCAAAUAGCAAAACGGGAUGCUAGAUGCUUAUCAUCUAGUAAAAUUGAAGACGAUGAAUACAUUCUUGAAACAGCUCAAAAUUUCAACAACAGUUCCCUUUUGUCUUCAGUUGACAAUCGUCCUGUCCAAAAACCAACUCAAGUUAUUAAAAGUACUGAUCAGAAGUAUAAAUCAAUUUUGAGUAAACCUAGAAUACUUCCCUCAAGAAAUGACUUCUAUCAGACUACACGCAAACUUGCAACUAAUGCGCAUUAUCAAACAUUUGACGACAAGGCACCAGCUUGUAGUGAUUCUCCUCCAAUACGGGAUACAGAUACCUGGACUCCGAAUCGUAAACGUGCUCUUCAUGAACCAACUGAAAAGCAGCUCAGAAAUUCACAGGAAUCUAGAAUACGUCAACUACAAGCCAAGUUAUCUCAAUAUUCAGAUGCAUUGGAAGAACUUCGGGCAAAGUGUUUGUCAAAUAAAGCUCAAUCUCAAGAAUUAGGAUCAACUUGUAAAGUACAGAAGAAGUCACUUUUAAAAAUCCCUGCAAAUCAUUCAAAAUCAGUAAUCUCAUCUAUUAUACGUCCAAAAUCAUCAGCUUUACGUUCUCAUUUAGUUUGUAGACCGAAUACACGAAAUUCUAGUAAAAUAAUAAAAUCUCAUUCAUUUAAUGGUGUCAACUUAACUCAUGAUAAUUGUCCAAUGUCUCCAACGUCCAUUUCAACCAAUGCUAGAGAUCAUUAUGAUUCAAAAGUAUCUUCACUUUGGGAGCAAGCUAUUAAUUCACUGAACUUAGAUGGAUCUAGUGCUGUUACUUGUAAACCUGGAGAAUAUCUAAAGAACCAGAGUCCAGUGAAAUCCUUGUGUACAAUUACUGAUGACCAACACAUUCAGAACUCAUCUAACCAGCUUACCAUCAACGCGAUAAAAUCAAAUCUAGAUGAUUGUCGCGUACUUUGUUCUGCUGCUCAAGAACUUUUAAAACAAAUUGAUGAAGCUGAAUUAGAAGAGAAUGCUAUUCGUCAGCGAUGGGCUAAUAAAUUAACUUAUAUUCAUGAUGACAGAAAAUUGCUGAAUAAUUUUCCUCUUACCAAGAAAGAUGAUUCAGUAUGCAAAAAUUACAAAUCAGAUGUGCUUUCAUUAUCACAAUUUCAACAAAAUGACAAGUCAAUUAUCCGUCCUGAUACUUCAACGUUUCAAUUUCCAAAAAAUGAAGCUUACUCGAAGGUGAAAUCAGAUUGUAAUCACGUUGAUAAGAAAUCCAGUCCUCUUGCUCACUUUCAUCCACUUAUUCUUCCGGUUAAAUUACAUCGCCAGUUAUUGCAAUCGAAAAUCAGACGAGAUGUACACGCUAAAAACAUUUGGUUUUAUUUACUUCCUACAACAACUUUUAACAACUUGCCAGAUAUUCCCGUUAUUCGUGUCUGCGAAGACCUUACCAAUGAUUUAAUUCAAGAAGCAGUUGAUGAACUAUAUCAGACUAUUGAUCGUGCAGCUUCUGAAUUAGUCGAUGAAUUAAUUAAAGCGGAACUUUUUCCAGAAGCACCUGAUAUAACCUUAUCAUUUGAUAAGUGUGAUGAUGAUGAUCCACAUGGUUUGUCUACACCUGCACUGUUUCAUCAAUCAGAUUUAAUAGCCCAUGAGUUCGAUGCUCCGGUGGUGUAUAGAAACUGUAGUGAAAACCAAACGACCUCUAAUGUUACAUCGAUACUUGAAAUUGAACAUGAAUCUAGUAUUUCUAAUGUCGAAUCAGUAAAUAGACUGUCAAAUUCUGAACAUACUUGUAGUAUUAGUGAAGAUAUCAGCGAAAAAUAUACUUCAGAAUUCGAAGAUGAUACUGUUUCUUAA